AUGAUGCAUUCUCGUCUGUUCAAACCUUCGGUCUGGCUAGGGUUCCCUCAUGAUGGCUACGAUGUUGUCCCUUUCAAUCAAUAUCUCGACAUUCGAAAUCUAGAUAACAGUCAGCUUGAUACGUGUGUUCGUGAUGCUGCCGGAUUGCAAAGCCUACUCACCUUCGGCUUUUUGGAAGCCGCAGUUGAGAAACAAAUCCCCGAGGGUACGUUGACGAGAAACAUCGCGUCUGGCGGCCGUAUCAUCAGUACGGAUGGCUUGGGUGAAAUAAUUAAGGACUGGAUUCAACGGAUCCGGGAAUGUAAAGGCGACCGCAAAGCCUGGUUCGAAAGGGUUCAUCGCACACUUAAACAAGCCAAUCUUCUCUUAACCGAGCUGGUGAAACAAAAGUUCGUAAUUUUCGAGCCUCUCGGAGAGAAUGCGCCUUCCACAGUCUGCCUUAUCGCCAUCAUUGGCGAAGCGUUGGUAAAUGCGAAGAUGGCAUUUCCGAAGGAGGUGCCUCGAGAGGGCUUCUCAUGGACAAUGAUUUGGAUUCCUCCCUACAGAACCUUGCUACAGGAGGACAUGAUCGCUCAGGGGUGGUGCCCCUCCGUGGUCAACUAUCUCAUCGGCACCGUAUCGGUCUCAUCAUUGGAGCACGCCGUAUCGUGCGGGCCAACGAGAGAUGAUAGUGACCAUCGCGGGUGCUCGUCGCAAUCAUGUGCCAGGUAUAUCGUGGAUGUUAAAACAUACACCCCUCACCACACCUCACCCGCUUGCCUAUCCUUACUAGGCCGACUCCAAAAUACGUGUCAUAAUGUCUCCAUCAACCUAGCCGAGGUCAAAAGCCUACUAGUCGCGGGCCACGUGCCAGUUGUUAAUCUAAACCCAGUGGAAGGUGGAAGCCGCUACAGGUUGAGCGCGGACGGGCUCGGCAGCACAACAGAAGACGGGCUGCCAAUCUGCCAGAUUAGACGACUCUCCAAGCUAAUCGAGCCCGGAACUCCGUUCUGGAUCGACUCGCUAUGCGUUCCCGGUGACGAUACCAUCCGCAAAAAGGCUAUCAGCAUGAUGGCUCAGACAUAUAGCCAAGCUAAGGCCGUGCUGGUACUGGAUAGAACUAUACAGCUGUGCGAUUCAACACAAUAUAAGGGUAAAAAGAUUCUUCGCGUUCUCACUUCAGGUUGGAUGCAACGACUCUGGACAUUACAGGAAGCUGUGCUGUCCAAGGUCCUCCUUCUGGUCUUUUCUGAUGCACGAAUCCCGUUGCGCAGUCUAAUUCCAUCAAUCAGCGACAUACUACUAUACCCAUACUUGACCGAUUUGGCGGGCGAACUAUUUCGUUUAACCAAGAUGGCAGAUCAUAGGAUAUACACCAUCGGUGACGUUGCCCGGUCGCUUCGAUGGAGAACUACGAAUCGCCCGGCGGACGAAACCUUGGCAAUAGCAAGUUUGUUGGGCGUCCAGCCUUCUAUCCUCGUCGAUCUGAAUCCGGAGCAUCGAAUGACGCGUCUUAUCAAGGAGCUGGGGAAAAUACCAAGCAAUGUUCUGUUUUUGACAGGUGAUAAAAUACAGAUCCCCGGAUUUCGGUGGCUGCCAAUCUCUUUCAUGACUGCCCAUAGCGGAAGUUCCGGCGGAUCUAUGUUAUCCACCGGCGCCUCCGACGCCCUCGUGACUCCUCGCGGUCUCAAGGCUACUUAUUAUGCUCUCAUAUUCCCAAAGAAAAUACUCGAAGCAGGCAAGCCCUGGGAACUGAUAGAUUCCAAGAGCGGCGAAUCCUACCAAGUAACUGAUCUGUCGUCCUCUAAAGAUCCUUACGAAUGCGACACUUUUGCUUCCAAGUAG